AUGUCUCCUCCUCCUCCUCCUCCUCCUCCAGCUAUCGCCGCCGCUGCGACCGAGCCCUUGGUCUUCGACGCCUCUGUUCUCCAGGAGCAGUCCAACAUUCCGCCGCAGUUCGUCUGGCCACACGCGGACAGGCCCCGGCCGGGAUCGGCGCCGGAGCUCGCCAUCCCGCCCGUCGACCUUGGAAGCUUCGCGUCCGGCGAUCCCUCCGCCGUCUCCGCCGCCGCCGUCGUCGUGAACGGGGCGUGCAGGAAGCACGGGUUCUUCCUCGUCGUCAACCACGGCAUCGACCCGAAGCUGGUGUCGGAGGCCCACCGGUGCAUGGACCAGUUCUUCGGGAUGCGGCUGCCGGAGAAGCAGAGAGCUCAGAGGAAAGCAGGGGAGUCGUGCGGCUACGCCAGCAGCUUCACCGGCCGAUUCUCCUCCAAGCUCCCCUGGAAGGAAACGCUGUCGUUUCGCUCCCCGGGCGGCGGAAACAACACCGUCCGCGAUUACGUCUUGAAUCAAAUUGGCCAAGACUUCACGCACUUCGGGGAGGUGUACCAGGAGUAUUGCGAGGCGAUGAGCAAUUUGUCGCUGAGGAUAAUGGAGUUGCUCGGGGUGAGCCUAGGAGUAGGAAGGGAGCACUAUAGGGAUUUUUUUGAAGGGAAUGAGUCGAUAAUGAGAUUAAACUACUACCCACCUUGCCAAAAGCCUGACAUGGCACUAGGGACCGGACCGCAUUGCGACCCCACUUCCCUCACGAUCCUACACCAGGAUCAGGUCGGCGGCCUCGAGGUCUUUGUCGACUCUAAAUGGCACUCCGUCGCCCCUCUCCCUGACGCGUUUGUGGUCAACAUCGGCGACACCUUCAUGGCACUAUCGAACGGGGUGUACCGAAGUUGCCUGCACAGGGCGGUGUUGAACAAGUACACGGUGAGGAAGUCGCUGGCUUUCUUCUUGUGCCCGAACGGAGACAGAGUGGUGAAGCCACCGGAGUCACUAUUGUCGACGGUGAAUGUGAGCGACGACGACGACGAUCAUCGUAGUGGUAAUUCAGAGAGGGCUUACCCGGAUUUCACCUGGCCGACUUUUUUGGAGUUCACUCAGAAAAACUACAGAGCGGACAUGAACACCUUGGAUGCCUUCACGAAUUGGCUUCAGACAAGAGAUACAACAAAAUAAAAUUAGCUAAGCUAGGAAGCGGCAUUUAUUCUCCCC